GGCGAUGCGGGGCCAGCGGCCCUGUGCACACCCUCCAGGCCAGCCCAGCCGGGGCACGUCCCAGGCCCCGGCCAGGCCCCAGCGAGUGCCCCGGGGACCGGCCCGCGCCCCGAUGGCUCCCCUGGGCGGGCAGCCAGGAGCCCCCUCCGCAACUGCCCCUUAGGGCGAUGUGCUGGCUUCGGGGCAGCUUCGGCGAUGUCCCUGAGAGACGAGGGAGGGGAAGAAGAAUGUUUUGAGUCCGAGGACGGCCAGGAUGAGGAGAGGAAGCAGGUCCCAGAGCAGCAGGACACCGUGGAGCUGGCGGAGGAGGUUUUAUGUGCUGAAAGAGUUGGCCAGAUGACUAAGACAUACAAUGACAUUGACGCUGUCACUCGGCUUCUUGAGGAGAAAGAGCGGGAUUUAGAAUUGGCUGCUCGGAUUGGCCAGUCGUUGUUGAAGAAGAACAAGACCCUCACCGAGAGGAACGAGCUGCUGGAGGAGCAGGUGGAGCACAUCCGGGAGGAGGUGUCCCAGCUCCGGCACGAGCUGUCCAUGAAGGAUGAGCUGCUCCAGUUCUACACCAGCGCCGCGGAGGAGAGCGAGCCUGAGUCCGCGUGCUCCACCCCGUUGAAGAGGAAUGAGUCGUCGCCCUCGGUCCAGAAUUACUUCCAUCUGGAUUCUCUGCAGAAGAAGCUGAAGGACCUGGAGGAGGAGAACGUUGUACUGCGAUCCGAGGCCUGCCAGCUGAAGACGGAGACCAUCACCUACGAAGAGAAGGAGCAGCAGCUGGUCAACGACUGCGUGAAGGAGCUGAGGGACGCCAACGUGCAGAUCGCCAGCAUCUCGGAGGAGCUGGCCAAGAAGACGGAAGACGCUGCCCGCCAGCAGGAGGAGAUCACGCACCUGCUGUCCCAGAUCGUCGACCUGCAGAAGAAGGCCAAAGCGUGCGCGGUGGAGAAUGAAGAGCUGGUGCAGCACCUGGGGGCCGCGAAGGAUGCCCAGCGGCAGCUCACGGCCGAGCUGCGCGAGCUGGAGGACAAGUACGCCGAGUGCAUGGAGAUGCUCCACGAGGCGCAGGAGGAGCUCAAGAACCUGCGGAACAAGACGGUGCCCAACACCACGUCCCGGCGCUACCACUCGCUGGGCCUGUUCCCCAUGGACUCCCUGGCAGCCGAGAUCGAGGGGACGAUGCGGAAGGAGCUGCAGCUGGAAGAGCCCGAGUCACCGGACAUCGCUCACCAGAAGCGCGUCUUCGAGACCGUGAGGAACAUCAACCAGGUGGUGAAGCAGAGGUCUCUGACGCCCUCCCCCAUGAACAUCCCCGGCUCCAACCAGUCCUCGGCCAUGAACUCCCUCCUGUCCAGCUGCGUCAGCACCCCCCGGUCCAGCUUCUACGGCAGCGACGUGGGCAACGUCGUCCUGGACAACAAGACCAACAGCAUCAUCCUGGAGGCGGAGGCGGCCAGCCUGGGAAACAACGAGCAGAGCAAGAAGCCGGGGACCCCGGGCACCCCGGGCUCCCACGACCUGGAGACGGCGCUGCGGCGGCUGUCCCUGCGCCGGGAGAACUACCUGUCGGAGAGGAGGUUCUUCGAGGAGGAGCAGGAGAGGAAGCUGCGGGAGCUGGCGGAGAAGGGCGAGCUGCUCAGCGGCUCCCUCACGCCCACCGAGAGCAUCAUGUCGCUGGGCACGCACUCCCGCUUCUCGGAGUUCACCGGCCUCUCGGGCAUGUCCUUCAGCAGCCGCUCCUACCUGCCCGAGAAGCUCCAGAUCGUCAAGCCGCUGGAAGGUUCGGCCACCCUCCACCACUGGCAGCAGUUGGCCCAGCCUCACCUCGGGGGUAUCCUGGACCCUCGGCCCGGGGUGGUCACCAAGGGCUUCCGGACGCUGGACGUAGACGUGGACGAAGUGUACUGCCUUAACGACUUUGAAGAAGAUGACACAGGUGACCACAUUUCCCCCCCGGGCCUAGCUACCUCCACGCCAGCACAGCACCCAGAGACCUCAGGUGAGAGGUCCCGAGCGCACGUGACUGUCGCAGGCGGCAGAAGCUCCCCGAGCCGGCCUCAGGCUUCCCCAGAAGAGAUGCAGGAGCCGGCGGCCAUGGAGGAGGAGGAGGAGGAGGAGGAGGGGUCUGCGCACCACCCUGGGAAGUGCAUGUCACAGACCAACUCCACCUUCACCUUCACCACCUGCCGCAUCCUGCACCCUUCCGACGAGCUCACGAGGGUGACGCCAAGCCUUAACUCAGCCCCGACUCCAGCUUCUGGCAGCGCCAGCCACCUGACGUCCACGCCGGUGGCCACGCCAUGCACGCCCCGGAGGCUGAGCCUGGCCGAGUCCUUCACCAACACCCGCGAGUCCACGACCACCAUGAGCACGUCGCUGGGGCUGGUGUGGCUGCUGAAGGAGCGGGGCAUCUCGGCGGCCGUGUACGACCCCCAGAGCUGGGACCGGGCCGGCCGGGGCGGCUCCCUCCUGCACGCCUACGCCCCCAGGAUGGCCGCCAUCCCCUCCACCCCGCCCAACUCGCCCAUGCAGACGCCCACGUCCUCCCCGCCCUCCUUUGAGUUCAAGUGCACGAGCCCGCCCUACGACAACUUCCUGGCGUCCAAGCCGGCCAGCUCCAUCCUGAGGGAGGUGAGGGAGAAGAAGCCCGUCCGGAGCAGCGAGAGCCAGACGGACGUGUCGGUCUCCAACCUCAACCUCGUGGACAAAGUCAGGAGGUUCGGUGUGGCCAAGGUGGUGACCUCGGGGCGAGCCCCCAUCCCCAUCUUGACUGAGGACCAGGGGCCUCUCCUCUGUGGGGCCCCGGGCCCCGCGCAGGCCCUUGUCCCCGGAGGCCUGGGACCCGAGGGCCUGCCUCUCGGAUGCGCCGCCGUCACCAGUGCCAUCGGCGGGCUGCAGCUCAGCAGCGGCAUCCGGCGGAACCGCAGCUUCCCCACCAUGGUGGGCUCCAGCAUGCAGAUGAAGGCCCCUGGCACACUCACCUCGGGCAUCUUGAUGGGUGCUAAGCUCCCCAAGCAAACCAGCUUGCGGUGAGGGUGGCAGGUGGGGCCCUUCCUCGGAGGAGACCAAUCUUGUCCUUCCUCCCUCGCUUCCCCCUCCCCCCCUGAACUGCGCGCUCGCUCGCUCUUCCCUUCUCGCCCAUCCCGUCCUGAGCUAGACAAAUCAACCUCGUGCCUCAUGGGGGAAAGAGCGGAGACUUUUGUAAAAUGUGUACAUAGGACUUGGAGACCAGUAUCCAACCGGCCCUUCCUUCCGAUCCCGCGGGCAGUGACCCCCACACUGUCAUUGCUCUCGUGAGGACUUUGCCUGUGCCGGCCUGGGGGGCCGGGCGGGCCUGUGUCCUUUCCUCCUUCUGUCCUUUGAGAAGCACUGAAACUCCCCAGGGCGUUCUUAUCCCAUGGAUAGGGAACCAGGGAACUCUUGGCGGGCCGCCAGUGUGCCCGUCAUGAGCUGUCACACGGCACAGGGCACAGUGGCCCUGCCCACACCCUCCCUCCCUCCCCCACCCCGUGUCGUCGGGCGCCUCGCCUCGCUCGCCCUGCAGGAGCUGUAAGGAGCCUCCGUCCACAGCCACAUGCAGCUGGUGUGGCCUCCGGGACCAGAGAGAGAGCUGUUCGUUCUUUUCCGGGCGAUCCAGCUCCUUCGAGACCCUCACCCUCUGCCUCCGGGGACGGUGGCUUCCUUUCUGAGGCGUGACGUCGUUGGCUUCCCACACGCCUUCAACCUGAAGUCAUCCUUCAAAGUCUUGCGAUCAGCUGUCGGGCCAGGCACCUGGCCCGAAAGAGAACGUGUUUACACUCCGCCGUGCGUGUCCUGUUCCAUUUUUCUACGUUUUAUAGGCAGGGAAGCAGUGGUCCCCGAGGGGGGAAAGGCCCAGGGUACGUUCUCUCUGUGGUUCUGCGGCACCAAAACACGAGUGGCAGGCACACCAAGCCGCUCAGGAGAUGGCUUAUUUUCCGGGAACCCAAGUGGCACAGCCCAAUUGAAUAAGAUCAGGCCCAAGACAACCUCAGCGCUAGCAGUACAAGGAAAGGGGACAGAGGAAAAAGGUUAUGAAUGAAAUACAUCGACCAAUGAAAAAGAACCAGAAGCAAACGUAACACCAAACUGGUUCACGGGGUGGAGGAGCGAGGCCUUGGCCUGUGGCUGGGUCCACUCCUUACUCCAAAGCCCGAGUCCGGUCCAGGCGCUUUUCCUCCUGCGGUCUUUCGUGGCAGCCAUUCGAGGCCCACACAUUUUGCUCCCCCCC